AUGGACAGCGAUCUGAUUUCGGUCGUCAAUCGACUGCAAGCCAGUGAGUUCCCCUCUGACCUCCCCCUCGCUCCUCGAUCGUGUCGCACCGGGGUUGCAACUCACUCGCGUUCAUUCGGCACCGGCACGGCGGCUGGUAACUGACACCGCGUCCCGUGUUCAAACAGCCUUCUCUGCCGUGGGUGGUGAUGCAGUCGACUUGCCCCAGAUUGUCGUCGUGUGAGCAUUCAAGUUCGGCCCAAUACGAGUUCGACCUGUACCCGCUCCUGUAGCGGGCAUCGUGCUGACCCUCGCUUUCUCUACCUGCCCGCCCAUAGUGGCUCACAAAGUAGUGGAAAGUCGUCCGUACUCGAAACGUAGGUCUACGUCUUAAUGGAGCACUUGGCUUCGCACUUGAGCGUGUUCAUUGACGCGCUGCGUCCCUGCUCGCUCGCACCUUCACGUAGCAUCGUUGGCAAGGACUUUCUACCCCGGGGACAAGGCAUCGUCACGCGACGACCACUCGUACUGCACCUUGUUCACACGCCUCCGCUGCUGCCAAUCGUAGGCCACGAGGGCGUCGCCUCCUCGUCCCAAUCCUCGCUCGCCGACGCAGCCCCCAACCACAACAACUAUGCCUCGUCGUCGUCGUCCUCCUCGGCUACAGCUGCUGUCUCAAUGCCCGUCGAGUAUGGCGAAUUCUUGCACAUCGAUCGACGCUACUACGACUUCAACGAGAUCCGCAAGGAAAUUGAGAACGAGACCUUGCGCGUCGCCGGCGGCAACAAGGGCAUCUCGCGGUUACCGAUCCAUCUCAGUCAGUCACCGUGCCAUCUCACCAGACUGCGCGUGAUGAAAGACUAAUCCUAGCUCUCGCUGUUGCCGUCAGAAAUCUACUCGCCGCACGUGCUCAACUUGACCUUGGUCGACUUGCCCGGCCUGACCAAAAUUCCCGUCGGGGACCAACCGACCGACAUUGAGCGCCAGAUCCGCAACCUCGUCCUCGACUUUGUCUCCAAGCCCAACUGCGUCAUCCUCGCCAUUUCCCCCGCCAACGUCGAUCUCGCCAACUCGGAGGCACUCAAACUCGCUCGCACGGUCGACCCGCAAGGGCGACGCACCAUCGGCGUGCUGACCAAACUCGACAUCAUGGACGCCGGCACGAACGCGCUCGAUAUCCUCACAGGACGCGUCUACCCGCUCAAGCUCGGUUUUGUCGGCGUCGUCGGUCGCAGUCAGGCCGACAUCAUCGCCAACAAGUCGAUGGAGGAUCAUGCCGCUUCCGAACGCGAGUUCUUCCGCAACCACCCCGGCUAUCGCAACAUCGCCCAUCGCUGCGGCACAAAGUUCCUCGCCAAGACGUUGAACCAGGUCCUGAUGAACCACAUACGUGACAAGUUGCCCGAUAUGAAGGCGCGACUCAACACGUUGAUGGGGCAGACGCAGCAAGAGCUUAACGCAUUCGGUGACUCGACCUUCCUCGGCGAGCAGCACCGCGGGUCGCUCAUCCUGCAGCUCAUGACGCAGUUUGUGCGAGACUUUGUCGCUUCGAUCGACGGUACAUCGUUGGAGAUCUCAACAAAGGAGUUGUGCGGUGGAGCUCGCAUUUAUUACAUCUUCAACGACGUCUUUGGCCACGCGCUCGAAUCGAUCAAUCCGACGCACAACCUGACCGUACAGGAUAUCCGCACCGCGAUCCGCAACUCGACCGGACCUCGACCUUCGCUAUUCGUUCCCGAAGUCGCGUUCGAUUUGCUCGUCAAGCCUCAGAUCAAGUUGCUCGAACCGCCAUCGCUGCGUUGCGUCGAACUCGUGUACGAGGAGUUGAUGAAGAUUUGCCACAACUGCACCUCGACCGAGCUGCAGCGAUAUCCUCGACUUCACGCUCAGUUGAUCGAGGUCGUCUCUGAACUGUUGCGAGAACGACUGGGCCCGACCUCGGAAUACGUGCAGUCGCUCAUCUCGAUCCAAGCCGCUUACAUCAACACGAACCACCCCGCUUUCGUGGCCGGUUCAGCGACGGCGGCGCAAGAGUCUUCGAGGGAGGUCGCACGACGGCGGCAAGCUGCGAUCGCGGACAAGAAGUCGUCUUCGUCCGAAGAAGAGGAACGAGAUGGUUCCGGACCGGAAGAAGAAGACGACUUCAAUCAGGGUGGAUUUGUCGCUCGCAACGGACGAAACGAACCUUUAUCCAAGACUCGGUCCGCUUCAUCGACGAUCCACGAUCGUGCACGUAAUGGACCCGAUUUUGCUCAGUUCGUUGGGGGGCCGAGUGUGGCUUCCGGAGCCGGACAACGGAGGACCGGAUCGGGCUCGAGCAAAGCAUUGGCAGUCCCGAAGGCGAAUGGUGCAUCGUCGAAUCUCACUGCGAGUGGUGUUGCAGGUCCGGCUGGAUUCCCCGACUCUCAUUACGGAUCCUCAGCCCCCUCUCACGCAUCAGCAAAGGAGUCGUUCCUCAACUACUUUUUCGGCGGAACGGAAUUGACCGGGUCCGACCAUGGUGGGAAUGGGAUGCAGCAUGCGUUGGGAUCGAGAGGCGCCGCGAGUAGUAUCCACGCUUCGAUGUUGCAUGAGAGGGGAGAGAACCCGCUUUCGGGGAGGAGAGGGUUCGAAGGGAAUGCGGCGGCGUUUGAUAUGAAGUCGUUGGAAAAACAUCUUGAAGCGGUCAGUUUGAGAAGAGCGUUACACGGGCUUUGAAACAAAACGUACUGACCUCGUUCUCCGUUCUGACACCUACAGAGCCCCGCCGCUUCAGCCGAUCCUCAUAACGGCCUAACCGAACGAGAAGAGAUGGAAACGACCUUGAUCCGCGCGCUCAUCUCGUCCUACUUCUCCAUCGUGCGCCAAACGAUCCAAGACCUCGUCCCUAAAGCCAUCAUGCACCUCCUCGUCAACUUUUCCCGCGAAUCCGUCCAGAACCGUCUCGUCGCGUCGUUGUACAAGGAGAGUUUGUUUGCGGAUCUGCUGCAUGAGGAUGAAGCGUUGACGGCAGAGAGGACGAGGAUCAAGGGGCUGUUGCAGGCUUAUAAGGAGGCGUUCUCGACCCUUUCCGAGGUGCUGUAG